AUGGUUGGCUGUGUUUAUAAAGUGGUAGCUAAGAUACUAUCAAAAAGACUCCAACCAGUUAUGCCAGAAUUAGUAGAGGAGGAGCAAUCUGCUUUUGUGAGUGGGAGGGAGAUUGUUAACGGAGCUCUUAUAGCGUGUGAGGUAGUGCAUUGGGUGAGGAAAAAGGAGAUACCAGCUUGGUUAAUCAAGUUAGACUUUCAGAAAGUGUAUGACAGAAUUCAGUGGAGUUUUGUUGACAAAGUGUUGAAGAGCAUGGGUUUCGGCGAGGUGUGGAGAUCAUGGAUAAGGACUUGUUUAUCGACAGCAUCUAUGUCGGUGCUUGUGAAUGGGACAACAAUCAAACCCUUUAAGUUAUAG